AUGAUCAAUGAGGUGUCAAAAGUACAUAACGACAAUGUCUGUGUGCCUGGUGAUGUCUUUGGAUAUGCCCAGGAAAGUUUGUCCACAACUUACAAAACAACGGACGAGUUUCAAAGCACCUUCAAUGAAUCUGGUACAAAGUAUAUGGACAAAGUAGCAAAAGGCUGUUCACAAGCUAAAGCAUGUUUCGAAAAUCCUAAAGAAUGCUUGGAGAGCAUCCUAGAUGCUAACAAAGAUAAGUUUUCCUAUUUGUCCGAUCUUGUCAAAAUACCUUUAACGUGGUCAUGGCCAGAAUUACUCUUCAGUAGCUUUAUUGCUGGGAUUUUAAUCUUGUCGUUAUAUUAUUUGCUCAAGUUUGUAAUAUCUCACAAAUUACUAAAAAGAAGUACUCUGCUUUACUUACUUACAGGCUUUGCAUUCAUCCUGCUUACUAUUUGCUUACUGCCAGAUGCGCCUGAGCAAAUCAGCACUCUCUUUAAUUCUUUCUCUGAGUGGGUGAAAAGUACUUCUGAGGAGCUAAAAUUAAGUGAGAAGAUCAAUGUAUUUUUCCAAGAAGUUUCUAAUUUCUUGGAGGUAUCAUGGAAUGCCAUUCGUGAUUGUUCGUUAUACAUUUAUGAAAGCCUGGGCAAUUCAAUAUAUUACAUUUUGGCAUAUUUCUCACUAAUGCUGAGAAAGCUAAGCUCUGAAAAAACUCAAUAA